AUGAAUCUAGAUAGCCGCUCAAGAGAGUAUUUGCUCGAACAUUUUUCAGAGAGAUGGGGACUUACCGAGACACUAGGUACUUCUCUAUUACGUCUACUCGACCACAUGAAGGAAGGAACCAGAGCCGUGGACAUCUCGGACGGGUUGGUUUUGCUUGCUGAGAAAGACAAAGAAGACUCUUUCUUGGUUGCUAAUCCUGUGUUGCAAGAAUGGAUCAAAAUCCCUUCACCUCCUCCGGUAGAAGCUCGUUGUCUCUGUGAAGCAGCACUAGUAACACACAUGAGCAACGAUGGUGAUCUUUUGGGUUACAAAGUUGUUAGGUGGUGCUCUCUCCAUGGAAUCGGAUUAGAGAGAGCAGAUUUGUGGUGGAUAAGAAGAAGAACUUCUGUAAGGAGAAAGGAUUCACCAGCUCGUCUUGAUUUUUCUCUGAUCCCUCUCGCUCUUCUCGCUCAAAGUCCUCCUUUAUUCUCCUCCUUCCUUGAUACCACGAACGCGGAGAAUAGUUACGUAUCAGAAUUAGAUCUUUAA